CUUUUGGGCGCGCGGAGCCGCCGUCCGAGGGGGUCACGUGGUGACGCAGCCGCCCGGAGCGGGGCGGAAGUGGCGGCGGGGCCAUGGAGGGGACCCUGGAGCAGCACCUGGAGGAGACCAUGAAGAGCCCGGCCGUGGUGGGCGUCCUGUGCACCGACUCGCAGGGGCUCAACCUGGGCUGCCGAGGGACUCUCUCUGACGAACACGCCGGGAUCAUUUCCGUGCUGGCCCAGCAGGCGGCCAAGCUCAGCUCGGACCCCACGGACACCCCCGUGGUGUGCCUGGAGUCGGACACCGGGAACAUCAUGAUCCAGAAGCACGACACCAUCACUGUAGCAGUGCAUAAGUUGGCAUCCUGAUCCUUGGGAACCAGCUGCACUGCCAGCCCCUCCUCCCUGCACAACCCUGCACUCCAGCUCCAGUUUGGAACCCCAGUCCUGGGGUGAAGGCUCUCCCUCUCUUCUGAACAGCUCCUGUGCAGCUCUCCAGGUCUCCAACUCCCACUGUAGCACUUGUGGUGCUGAGGGUGACACGUGGUCACUCACCCAGCUUGUGGAAGGUCAGAUCCUACCAGGUGCAUGUGUGUUGUUGGUUGGAGAAAUCAAUAAAUGACCUGUAAAAACA